GGCGGUGAUGUAUCUGCGGAGACAAGAGCGGAGCAGAGAGAAAGGGAGGAAGGAGCGGAGAGGGAAACGGGUGCAACGGCUGCAUGCACUUUAGAGGAAUGGCUGUUUGGGGUUAGAUCUUUCCUAUCAGCCCCAAAUCGAUUAGCUGAUUCUAUUUCGUUUCCCUCCUAGGUGGAGAAGUCGAUUGAUUAUCUAUCUAUAUAUACAUACACUUAGAUCUUUAGCGAUCACAGCAAUCAGAGCAGCAGGCAAAGCGGAUUGCAAGAUCCGCAGGCGGCGGUAACCCGGGAGCGUCUGCGCCGCCGAAAGGGAGUCGAAAAGGGACCCAUUGCCGGAUCCAGGCGCAGGCGGCGGAGAGGGCGCCUUGCACGCCACCGCGGAGGCCGGCGAGACCAUGACGGCGGGAGCGCGGAGCAAGGCGCUGCCGCCUCGGGAUUAGGGCCCACGCGGACGCGACCGGUCGCUUUGCGCGAGCGGGGAAAGCAGAGCCUCCGCCGCCGGGAAGGCGCCCCGCCGGCCGGGCUGCUCGCCUGGGGCCCCUGCGAGGCUGGAGGAUGGGCUGGCGCCUGGGGCUCGGCGGCGCCGGCGCCCCGCUGCUGCUGCUGCUGCUCCUGGCUGGGCCGGGCAGCGGCGGCCGAAAGUACCCCAAGCGCAAGUGCCCGGGGGGCUGCACCUGCUUCAAGGACACGGCCAUCUGCGAGAAGGUCAAGGAGAUCCCACGAGACCUGCCCCAGAACCUCUUCUCCCUGUAAGCAAGCUUCUCUCCGGGGUGCGGGUGCGGGGAUUGGAGGCGGUGGGGGGCUCGGGGAAUGUCGCCCCCCACUCCACGCAGGAACCCCGCUUCCCUUUCCCUUACACGCAGGCAGAAUACAUGCAUAUUCUCCAGGACCCCUUGCUUGGAAAAGGUGGACAGCAGGGGGUUAUAAAGGAGAUAGAGAUAGAUAGAUGGAUAGAUGGAUAGAUGGAUAGAUGGAUAGAUAGAUGAUAGAUAGAUAGAUAGAUAGAUAGAUGAUAGAUGAUAGAUGAUAGAUAGAUAAACAGACAGACAGAUAAAUAAUUUGCUUAAGUUUACACUUGAUUCCGGUGGCUCCGGUUCAUUGAGGAGGGGCUGGGCUAGGGGAUUCAUCUCCUAAAAGUUUGGGGCCAGGACUUGAAUAAUUUAGAGGAGGGGGUGCUAUCUACAGAUUGACUCCCCCACCCUCUCAAUUUCACCAGGCUCCCCUGCCCCACCAGCCUUUGAACAACAGCCCCUUAAGGGUGGGUGAGCGACCCUCCCAAAAAGAAAGGUGAAUGGCUCUUUUUAAACUGCCCUCCCCUCCCCACAUCGGAACCCUGGACAUGGGGCCGCCACCGUGGGGAGGGUUAUUGCUUGUGAGAAUCAGCAACCAGCCCUUGGGGUGUGCUCUCCCACCCCCCUCCAUUUCCCUCCCCGCCAAUAGUUGUGGCUGGAUGUCGGUUUUCCUGCUUGGCAUCGUUUAGCAUAUUUAUUCAUUUCUAAUUGCGAAAUGAUUUUUGGCAGCACGUAAAGGUGGAUGCCCUGCUUCUCCCCUCCCCACAUGGCUGUGUGGUGCAGUGAUGGUGGAUCCUUGGCGGUUAGCUAUGAGGAAUCUGGAAGGUUUCGGGGACCCAGCGCUUUGAACCGUGUGGAGGAGGAGAAUCAUCUCCUUCCCAAAUUGUACUGGAUUGGCGAGCCCAAGAAUGUGUCCUCAGGGCCCUAGAUCCCUUGCCUGUUCCCUAGAGCAACACCUCUAGUGGCUGCUACACUGCCCAGCUGCUACCUCCAGCAGUGGCAUCCAAGGGUCAGGACAAGUGUCUAUCCUAGGUGUGGCUCAAGCGCCCGCCCCCCAUAGACUGGAGAGAUAACUUGCAGGUGAAAACAUCUGCAGAUCUCUCAGGGAUUGCUCUGCUGUUGCAGAGAUGCAGGCAUGCAGCUCCCUGGAGACCCUUGGAAGUGAGUAGAGGAACCCUAGGUUGAAACGCAGUGUGUACUCCAGGAAAGCUUAGAGACAUUCCACAGAAACACACAACCACUCUAGCUGCUGCAUGAAAAAAACAGAGGCGGAUUUCAGCUCAGCUCUCUCUGUGCAGCAAUGAAGGGGGGGUUUUAUGGGUGGCGGUGGGAAGACAACAACGUUUGGGCUUUGAAAGGUUGGGGGUUUUUUGGAGUUCUGUGGUCAGGAUGCUUCGGGGUUUGAGCUCCUUCAAGUCUGGGCAGGCUCAGUUUGGGGCUGACUGUGCCAUCCUUCAUGGGGCUUGCUGGUGCUGCCAGGCUGCCUGCAGCUGACAUCUUUCCUCACAUCAUCCACUUUCCACCCCCCCUUCCUUUCUCUUUCCUCCCCCUCUCGCUCCUUCCUCUCUCUGCAGGUCUCUAAUUCGCUCAGGAUUCACCGAGAUCUUAGCUGGCAGCUUUCAACAGGUGCCAUCUCUCCAGCUGCUGUAAGGAUUCCUGACACCUCGGUUGUGAGUGGUGUGUGUGGAUAGACAAUGCCUGGCAUGCCUUUUGUUUUCUCCAUGCGUGUGAGCCACAUGAGAAGCUGUUCCCGUAAACCUCCCUUUCAGCCUGUGUGUCGCCCAGUGACGGUGAAUCUCCUUAGGUCAAUUUGUACUCUUUCGCUGCCUCUUGCUUUUGGAUAUGCACACAGAGCAGGUGUGGGGAACCUUUGGCCCUCCAGAUGUGACUGAGCUACAGCUGCCAUCAUCCCUGACCAUGCUUGCUGUGUCUGAUGGGAGUUGGCACUGUGGUCUAAACCAUUGAGCCUCUUGGACUUGCCGAUCAGAAGGUCGGUGGUUCGAAUCCCCAUGACGGGGUGAGUUCCUGUUGCUCUGUCCUAGCUCCUGCCAACCUAGCAGUUCGAAAGCAUACCAGUGCAAGUAGAUAAAUAGGUACCACUGCGGUGGGAAGGCAAACGGCAUUUUCGUGCUCUCUGGUUUCCAUCACAGUGUUCAGUUGAGCCAGAAGUGGUUUAGUCAUGCUGGCCACAUGACCCAGAAAGCUGUCUGUGGACAAACGCCGGCUCCCUCGGCCUGAAAGCAAGAUGAGCACUGCAAUCCCAUAGUUGCCCAUAGCUCAGCCACAUCUGCUGGGCCAAAGGUUCCCCAGAAGUAUGUGAGUCUAUCCACCUAGCUGCCUUCUCUAGCCCAACCUGGUGACCUGCAAAUGUUUUGGGCUCCAACUCCCAUCAUCCCUGACCAGUGACCAUGGUGAUUGGGGGCUGAUGGGACUUAGAGUCCAACAACAUCUGGAGGACAACAUGUUUGGAAGGCUGGUUUGGUCAAUUUGUCAGUUAGAAAGGUCAUUGGAAGGGAGUAAAAGGUGCUCAGGAAAUUUGUUAUACACAUUUUAAUUUUUAUACAAGUAACAUCGCAAAAGAGGCAUUUCCUCCAGUGUAAGAGACAUCAGGCAGAAUGCCUCUCCAAAAACAAUGUCUGUUGCAACAAAUGUGUGCAUUGUCUUAAAAAAUGCUUCUCUUCGGAACAAAGGUUAUCUUUCUGCAAAUUAAUACAGAUUUCAUCAACUCAUCCAUCAGUUAAUUGGCUUAAACUUGAACCAUUAAUCAACAACAGCAGCCCUGAAAUUGAUCUGCCUUAUCAGUGACUGUUUGCAGAUGCUCCUGUGAGUGUGGAUUUCAGGAGGGAACAUGUACUGUUUCACGGGAUCGGGCUUGUGGGUUAGUGCCGACACUUGAUUUUGCGGCACAUGUGAUGGUAUCGGUCGGUGUGUCUGUGUGUGCCCCCCGUGAGCAUGUCUUUCUCACAUCUGUGCAAUUGUAUUUGUACAUUUUCACGGAUACUUGCUUGUGCCCGACUGCUGCUUAAGGGGUGGGUGAGAGAAUCUCACGCACCGCAAGCAGAGCCAAAUGGGAUGGAAAUAGUGAGUAAAGGCCUUCAUUCCAAUCUGCGCUGGUGUAGGGCGGAGGAAGAUUCUCAUUGGCAUGAUGGCAGUGCUUAAUGAGAGAGAGAGAGAGAGAGAGAGAGAGAGAGAGAGAGAGAGAGAGGGAGAGGGGUACCCGUAUGAAUCCAUAACCUUUGAUCUGGAAGUCCCCUAACUGCAGGUGUGUGGAUAGAAAUGGCCCACACAUGUUCUACAAAGAAAUGCACAUUCUGUUCAUGCUCCAAGUCACUGUUUUCCCUGUCAUUCUGUCACAUAGUCCAACCUUGAUCCCUUGGGUUGAAGAACAGAUUUGGGGCCAAACCCUGCCUAGCCAUGGGCGUAGCCAGGGGGCGCAGGAGGGGCAGCUCCCCCCCUCAAUCAAGUAAAACAAUAGAAAUACUUAACUAACUGUCCAAUCACGUUGGUUCUGCCCCCCCAACAAAAGUCCUGCCCCCCCCAACAAAAAUCCUGGCUAUGCCCAUGUGCUGAGCUCUAGCUAAUGACAAGAACAAGGGUGGGGCUGGUGCAGGAUGCUCUGGCAUAACUAUCUGGGCACCCCACUAGAUCUCUCCAUUACAGCUAAGGGGUGAUUGGCAGGGCCGUUUCCUUCCUGAUGACCUUCCAGCUGCGAGUAGACCAAGGUAUUGGUACUAGUGAGAUAGCUCCCCACUGAGUCCUCUUUCGCCCACCAUAGGAACACCAGAUUGUGAGUGUGUUUUAACUCUUUUGGACGGUAGCGACAGUAAGCCUUGUUACCAUGCCCUCCCAAACCUAGAGGGCACCUUGAUGCAAGAUGCAGCGAUUUGGGAUGCAAGCCCUGCUCCCUGUCUUCCAUCCCAGACUUGGUUACCAUCCCCGUCGUAUGCCCCAGUGUCUGACCUGCCUGCUUCUUCCCCCAAUCCCCCAACCCCUAGCUUGAUCACUUACAACUCCCUGGAACUGAUCGGGGACGACGCCUUUGUGGGACUCAUACACCUGGAGUACUUGUGAGUGUGCAAGGGGGGGCGUCAGGGGAGGGUUGGGGGCAGCCAUGCGCAUUGGGGGUGGGGUGGGGUGAGGCAUAAAUGACCCAGGAGGGUAAGGGGUUGGGAUGGAUAUUUGGGGCAAGGUUGAGUCACUUUAGGAGGUGAAUCCAUAUUGAAAGAGGACAGGCAACUUAUUAAAGAUCUCCCUAGUUGACUAAUCUCCUAGGCUUUAAUUUUUUUACUUAAUCUUCGCUUAAGUUUAAGUACACUUCCAUAGACCACAUUGGUGAAUUUUUUGAAAGGAAAACAUGCUGUUUUAAAUGUGCAUAAUGGUCUGAUUUAAUAAAUUAAUAGAAAUUAUGCACAUUUACAUAAAUAAUAAUAGGCUAAUUAAACAAUCUAUAUGGCCUUUUAAACUGGGGUGUGGGAUAUUGGUUUUGUUUGUUGUUAUGGUAUGUAUUUAUGUGUUUUUAUAUUGUAAAAUGCCCUGUGAUCUUUGGAUUAAGGGUGGUAUAGAAACUUAAUAUAAUAAUAACUAAUAAGAAUAAUAAGAAUGGUGAAAGAUAGGUUUGCAACCUCUUUCGGCUAGUUCAGAUGUGGCACCAAACCAGAUGCGGUACCAAGAAUCAUGUAAAUGAGCCUCUGUGCUCACACAUUUGCUACACCUUCCACACUCCUCCUCACACUCUCUGGUUUCCUUCUGGUGUAGCAGCAAUCCACAGUUUGCUGUUACAUCUGAACUGGGCAACCUGUGGUCUGGGCAAACCACGAAUUCAACAAAACAGGAAUGCAAACCUGGUCCAAAACUGUGGUUUGUAGGAAAACUGUGGCUUACACCAACCAUGGAUUGGUCUGGUUCAGGCCACUAAACUAUGGUUUGCCACUAAUCCAAAAGCAAGAAAGGAAUUCAGAGUGUGAGAGAGGUGAGACAGGAAGGUAUGAGCCACUGUGCCUGGAUCCAACACAUAUAGUUUUAAUAGAUAAGUCUCGCCAUUUCAAGCUUCUAACCCCUUUUGCCCCGCAUCCCUGCUCCAUCCCUUGAAGCCAUGAAUAUCACCAUUAAACUUCUGAGGCUGGCUACCUUGUUUCCCCUUUAGUUGUCCCUCCAUCGCUGUCGUCCUGAUUUGUGACUUAAUUGUUCUUUCCACUUGUAGGUUCAUUGAGCAAAACAGGCUUGAAGCAAUCUCUAAGAACGCCUUCCGAGGUCUCAAGAACCUCCUCUACCUGUGAGUGAUUUUUUUGACCCACUCCUAAUUCCAGUCUAGCCCUUAACACAGACCCAAACAAUUUCACUUCCCAACAUGGCAUCCAGCCACCCCACAUCUCCAUACUUGUCCUCUCCUUCUCUCUACCUUACACUUCCUUGCAUUUUCCCCAAACACCGGAUUUCCAUAUGAUGUUGGAUUCCAGCUUCCAGCAUUCCCAGACCGUUCUCAUCAUCCCUCACUGCUCCCAACACCCCCAAAUCCUACUCCCAUCAUUCCUGACCAGUAGCAAAGCGUCUUUUGCAGACCCUGUUGGUUCCUAAUACAUAUCCCCUUUAUUUAAACUGUGUUUCCUUCACUUCCACUGCAAUGUUCGCCUUCCCAGCCCCGCAAACUGAGGAUGUGUACGUUGCCUUCCUUCUAAGUGCUUUCCCUGCCAGUGUGGUGUAGUGGUUAAGAGCAGUGGACUUGUAAUCUGGUGAACCGGGUUCGCUUCCCCGCUCCUCCACAUGCAGCUGCUGGGUGGCCUUGGGCUAGUCACACUUCUCUGAAGUCUCUCAGCCUCACUCACCUCACAGAGUGUUUGUUGUGGGGGAAGAAGGGAAAGGAGAUUGUUAGCCGCUUUGAGACUCCUUAGGGUAGUGAUAAAGUGGGGUAUCAAAUCCAAACUCUUCUUCUUCUUCUUGCCCACAGGAAUUUGGCUAACAAUAACCUGCAGACCUUACCAAGGAACCUGUUCCAGGGCUUAGAUGCUUUGACUUCAGUGUGAGUGUGGGGCUAAGGCGGGGGGGAGGGUUGUGGGUGUGGAGUACAUGGGGGAUGUGGGGCACUUCCAGGCAGGCACUAAUUUUGGGUGGGAUUCAGUUGUUUCCUGGCAAAGUCAGGUUGCCACCAUUAGAGUUGGUUGGGUGGUCUUGCGCUAUUAACCCCCUUCCCUCAAAAGAUCAGACGUCUUGCCAUAAUAAAAGUGAGGGGGGAAUGCAUGAGAAAGCACAGGACGAUAUUUGCUUUGGCACAAGUUCAUCUAACCUCCUCACAAACAAGUCAGAAGGAAUGCUCUUGAAAUAGCUAACGUUGUCUAACAGCUUAACAUGAGUCGACAGUGUGAUGCAGCAGCAAAAAACAAAACGAAACAAAACCCCUAAUGCUAUAUUAGGCUUCAUCAUCAGAAGUAUAGGGAAGUCAUAUUCUGCCACACCUGGAGUAUUGUGUCCAGUUCUGGGCGCCACAGUUUAAAAAGGAUAUUGACAAGCUGGAAUGUAUGCAGAGGAGGGUGACCAAGAAGAUCAAGAGUCUGGAAACCAAGCCUUAUGAGGAAUGGUCGAAGGAGCUGGGUAUGUUUAGUCUGGAUAAGAGGAAAUACGAUAGGCUUCUUCAGAUACAUCAAGGGCUGUCAUAUGGAAGAUGGAAUAAGCUUGUUUUCUCCUGCUCUGGAGGUGGCACUCGGAACAGUGGCUUCAAAAUACAAGAAAGGAGAUUCUGGCUAAACAUUAGGAAGAACUUUCUGAUAGCGCGAGCUGUUUGACAGUGGGACGGUCUUCCUCAGGAGGUUGUGGAGUCUCCUUCCUUGGAGGUUUUUAAGCAGAGGUUGGAUCGCCAUCUGUCACAGAUGCUUCAGUGGAGAUUCCUGCAUUGCAGAGGGUGGAAUCCCUUCUAACUCUAAAAUUCUUGGAUUCUAAGUGCCCAUAGUGAUUCAGUUACCUCUCCCCUGGUGGCAAGGAGUGCAGUCAAAAGCACACUGGAGUCUCUUGCCAAGGAAAGCCAAAGGGGAGGACCGAAUGUCACAAGCUCCAUGUGGGUGGAGAUUAAUUUGCUCGGCUAAUUGUGGGCACAGUUGCUGAAGCAGCGACAGUUUUCAAAACAGUGCCACCCCAAGUUAUGUUCACCAUCCUAACCUAAUUACAAAAGGAUGCAAAAGUUGACUUUUUUUGUGUAAGAGGGGAGGGAACAAGGCUGGGGUGGGACAAGGGAAGAGGGAAGGGAUAGCCAACAUGGUGCCCUUCAGAAGCUUUUGAACUGAAACUCCAUAGAAUUGUAGAAUUGGAAGGGACCCUGAGGGUCAUCUAGUCCAACCCCCAGCAAUGCAGGAAUCUAAUCUAAUAAUGAUAACACUGGCUGGGCCUAGGUCCACAUUUUGGCUGUCCGCAGCCUAGUGCUGGUCCCAAACUGGCUUCUCUCCUGGCAGGGACUUGCGGGGAAAUGCUUUCCACUGCGACUGCAAACUCAAAUGGCUGGUGGAGUGGCUGGGCGAGACCAACGCCCAGGUGGAGCCCAUGGAGUGCCGGUCGCCGCCGGAGCUGAACCGCACCAAAAUCAGCGACCUCCGCCCUGCAGGCUUCAACUGCAUCACCACAGGUAGGUCGUCGCUUUCUCCCCUGCGCUUCCCCCACCCGGAAGAGGGUCCCCACUACCACCUUCACUCAAGGACGGCCCGAGACAUUUUGUACAGAGGUGGAGGAAGGGGGCGCGGUGGGGGCGGGCCAGCCAAGGUGUCACCACUGAGGGGGGUGACAAAUGCUGGGCGGCACUGCAGCGUACCGGAGCCAUGCACCUCUCCUGGGAGUGACGCGGUGGCUCGGGCGCCCGCAGGCUCCGCGCUGCCCCAAACGGUUCGCUCGCCGCCUUCCCCUCAGCUGUAGGGCAGCUGAGUGGGAGGAGGCAGGCAGACUCCAGAGUGUCCUGCCCCGGCUGGCCCCGCCCCUGGGCCCAGGGCACGUGUACCACCCCAGGUGCCCAAUCAGCUUGCUCCGCCACUGAUUUUGUAAACCACUUUUGGGUCUUGUCUGAUGCAAAGCAGUAUAUAAACACGCAAAAUAAACAAGAACCCCCACCUGCUACAGUUCUUUUGGGAUUCCCUGUCCUCUUAUUCCAGCCCCUCCAGUCUGUUUUCUUCUGCCACUCUCCUGUCAUUGUUUUCACCAGGAGUGCCAGCUUGGCUCCACGACCGUGGGGACCCGGGGCCAUUGAUCGUGCAUGGCCCUGGCACUGAAAUUUGUGGGUGCCUGGCACCUUCAUGGGGAAUUUUAUGGGUGCUUGGGCACCCAGGGCCCCAGGCAGUUGGCACCAAUGGUUUUCACAUAUAGCAGGUGUUUGCUGAUUGAGGAGUCAGGUUGCCUGCCCAUCAGAUGUCAAGGAGAUGAAGAACUACACAUCUUUUAGAAGACAUCUGAAGGCAGCCCUGUAUCAGGAAGUUUUUAAUGUUUGACAUUAUAUUAUUUAUUAUUUUAUUUUUACUUUAUAUUUUAUAUUUUGCUGGAAGCCACCCAGUCAAAUGGGUGAGGUAUUAAUGUUAUUGUUGUUGUUUGGUUUCAGCCUUGCCUUCAGCUUCCCUGCUUGUGGGAUUCUUAAUGGUAUCUGGUUUGGGAUACUGGACUCAAAUACUUGAGGGGUUUGAACCUCAUGAUGCUAGUGGACUCCAACUCCUGUCAGCCCAGCCAGGAUGGCCAGUGGUUAGGGAUGAUGGGAUUUGUAGUCCAGGAUCAUCUGGAGAGUCACAGGUUUCUCACCCCUGAGAUAAGCCUUUUGGUCUGAUCUAGGAUGAGUACUUUUAUGUUCUUAGGUUCUUCAUGGCUGUCGUGGGUGACAAACAUGAUCAGGAUUAUGCAUGGUGUAGGGGGAAAGAGGAUAGAAGAGAAGCUUUUCUCCUUUCAGAUCACUAGAACAGCUGUUUUUGGAUUACAGUUCCCAUCAUUCCUGGCCACUGGUCCUGUUAGCUUGGGAUGAUGGGAGUUGUAGUCCAAAAACAGCUGGAGACCCAUGUUUGAGAAACCCUGCACCAGAAGUUGGGAUUGUCCAAUUGAAUUUUUUAGGGCCUCAGUGCAGGGCAGACCAAAGGAAACACUUUUGUCACCUGGUGGGAUUUGCCACCAUGAGAUGUGGUGGCCAUGGCUCUAGAUGGCUUUAAAAGUUGAUUAGAGAGAGUUCUGAGAGGCAGAUAAAGAAAGGUGUGCCUGAGGGUUUAAAAGCAGUACUGUAAAUAAAUACAAAGAGUCUGUGAUGUGGGUGGGUGUUUAAGGCAAGCCUGGGGAACAUGCCCUUAUUGAUUAAUAGUGUUUCAGCCAACUGAGUUUCCCUCACUUAGGACAGUUGAAGCAAACAGAAGCGGAGGAGGUCCUUUCCUGUUCUAGUUCUAACCUCCACCCUCUUUCCUGCAGACCUUGUUCUCUUUGACACGCUACCUGAGCAGUCGCUCUCAGUGGAAACCUUCAUGAACAACAAGGAACAGAACUUGGUCAUUGCCCAGCCCUUCACUGGCCGCUGCAGCUUCUUGGAGUGGGACCACGUGGCCGGGAAAUUCCGCACCUAUGCCAGCAUUAACGGUGAGCUAUGCACCCACUUCCUCUCCUGACUCUAUUAGAGACCCUGUCUUACAUCCUGGGAAGCAGAAGAGCUUUAGCCCAGUGGUAGGGUGUUGGCUUUACAUGCCGAAGGUCCCUGGUUCAAUCCCCAGCAUCUCCAGGUAGGGCUGGGAAGGUUCCCUUGCCCGAAUCCCUGGGGAGCUUCUGUCAAUCCUUGCAGACAAUACUGGGCUAGAUGGUCAGAAAGUAAAAGCGGUUUUCUAUGCUCCUUAUUAGUGGGCAAGGUCAGCAACAAUACAUGAGUGUGGGAGAAAGCUUGAGAGUUAAUGUCUGUAGGAAGGCUCAUUGUGUCCCAGGUGUCCCUCCUCUAAUGUAGCUGCUAGUGUUAAAUAGGCUGGCUGGGGUUUGAGGUGUGAGGCCAGGGAUGGCGAACCCCUACACACACACACCCAGACACUGUUGGACUCCAAUUCCCAUAAGCCCCUGCCUGCAUGGCCAAUGGUCAGACAUGGUGGGAGUUGCAGCCCAGCAACCUCUGGGGGAAUGUACGUUCCCUACUUGUGUUCUAUGGCACUUGUGUUUUUAUCCUCUAAGAAACCAAUAAGAUCAUUAGGGCUGGGCGUUAUAUCAAUAUAUCAUCCAGUUUGAGGUCCGUAUUGUGACAUAGGCGUCAUAAUUUUUGACCUGGCAAUAUAUCGCGAAUUGUGAUGUUUGUGUGUGCGCACCAUGCAAAAAUCGCAAUGCGGGGGGAAACCGUGAAGCCAGCCCAAUGCCUUUACAUAGCUCCAUCCUUAUUUCAGACAUCGUGAUAGAUAGAUAUAGAUAGAUAGAUAGAUAGAUAGAUAGAUAGAUGAUAGAUAGAUAGAUGAUAGAUAUAUCAUGAUGUUUAGCUGGCAAUAUAUUGCGAUGUUGAAAACCAGAUAUCGUCCAGCCCUAAAGAUCAUUCAUGUUUCCCUUCUUACGGAAGCCAUGUCUCUGUAGUAUGACACUGAACACUUGCCCACCCGUCCGCCAUUUUGUCUGUGUUCUAUUGGGCCUUCUCCAUAGCUGCUGUUUCUUUCAACUGUAGCCUCUCUAACAUCACGCAAAGGAGCAGGUCACCAUUCGUUCUCUCCACACCGUCUCCACUUCCUAGGCUCGUCCACGGUGGUCUGCAAACCCCUGGUGAUCGACGGCCACCUCUUUGUGGUAGUGGCUCAGCUGUUCGGAGGCUCGCACAUCUACAAGCGGCAUGAAGCGGCGGCGGGGGGCUUUGUACACAUGCAGGCCAUCGACGGCUCCCGCAUCCGCAAGCCCAACGACAUUGAGGUCUUCCGCGUGGAGGGAGACUGGUAUUUCAUCAUGGCCGACAGCUCCAAGGCCGGCUCCACUACGCUGUAUCGCUGGAACGGGCAUGGCUUCUACUCGCAUCAGUCUCUGCACCCCUGGUAUCGCGACACAGAUGCCGAGUUCCUGGAGAUUGCUGGCAAACCCCACCUCAUCUUGGCCAGCAGCUCUCAGCGCCCUGUCGUCUACCAGUGGAAUAAGCAGCAGUUUGUCCGCCGCACGGACAUCCCUGACAUGGACGAUGUCUAUGCCGUCAAGCACUUCAAAGUCAAGGAGGAUGUCUACGUUUGCCUGACCCGAUUCCUUGGUGACUCCAAGGUGAGGCUGGUGGAAUUGUCACUAAGUCCCAAUUUGCUUCUCAGUAGGACAGGUGUGGGGAAUCUUUGGCCUUCCAGAUGUUGCUACAGCUACAGUUCCCAUCAGCCCCAGCAAGCGUGGGCAAUGGCGGUUGUAGUUGAACAAUGCCUAGAGUAGGGUUUCCCAACCUUGGAUCUCCCAAGCUGUUGUUGGACUACAACUCCCAUCAUCCCUAGCUAACAGGGCCCAUGGUCAGGGAUGAUGGGAAUUGUGGUCCUAAAACAGCUGGAGACCCGAGUUUGGGUAAUACUGGUCUAGAGGGCCAGGGUUUCUUCAACCCUGCAGUGGGGGAAUGUGCUUAUGCUCCGUGAGAAGGUGUUGAAACUGCCCUUAGUCCACUCUCAUUUACAGCACCGCCUGUUUCUGAAUGUUGAGGUGUGGUGGGUGUUGAACCUGGCAGCCUAGAGGUAAAGGAAGCCCUGAGCAGGGAAGUAGAUAUGGAGUGCUCCUGGUCUGCUUUCAGACACAUUAGGCUGCAUUAGUAGGACCACAGUUUCCAAGCCACGGCAAAGAAAUGCCACUUAUUCCACAUUAACCAGACCUCAUCUGGUGUAAAGUGCCCAUUUCUGGGUGCUGCACAUUAAGAAAGUAGCAGACAAAUUGGUUGCGGUUCAGAGGAGGGCAGUGAAGAUGGUCCUGUGUUGAAGAAACUGAGUGUGUUUAGAAUGGAGACUAUGAUAUAGCAGCAUCUUCAAGCACCUGUUGUGCUUUAUACAGAAAAGGGCAAAGAGCGGUUGUUUAUGUGAGGGAAUAAGGAGCUACCCUGGCACAAGGCCUACCCUUGACCCAAUAAACCAUGGCUUAUCAGCCCCAAACCCAUUAGUUCCCUACGUGGGACUGCCCAAAUUCUAGUGACUGGUAAGAAAUGAAUGAAUUUGUUAUCCUGUCCUGGUCACAGGUCUUUUUAAGUACAUCAAUCACCCAGUUCUUGGCUCAAUUAGAAGUAGGAUAUGAUAAUAUUAUAUCAUUAAUGUUGUUGUUGUUGUUGUUUUAUUUAUACUCCACUAAUCUGGCUGGGUUUCCCCAGUCACUCUGUGCAGCUCCCAACAAAAUAUUAAAAAUAGAAUAAAACAUCAAACAUUAAAAGCUUCCCUAAAUAGGGCUGCCUUCAGAUGUCUUCUAAAAGUCAGAUAGUUGUUUAUUUCCUUGACAUCUGAUGGGAGAGCGUUCCACAGGGUGGUGGCCACUACUAAGAAGGCCCUCUGCCUGGUUCCCUGUAACCUCGCUUCUCGCAGGGAGGGAACCGCCAGAAGGCCCUUGGAACUGGACCUCAAUGUCCGGGCUGAACAAUGGGGGUGGAGAUGCUCCUUGAGGUAUUCUGGGCCGAGUUCGAGCAUAUCCAACCCUGUGUUGCACUUUGCUGGAGUCUCCAUCUUUCCAAGGCCACCUGAGCUCACGUUCCUCUCUGCCACCCGCAGGUGAUGCACUGGGACGGCUCCAUGUUCCGAGAUGUCCAGCAGAUGCCUUCCCGCGGCUCCAUGGUCUUCCAGCCGCUGAGCAUCGCCGGUUACCGCUACGCCUUCCUAGGCAACGACUACUCCUUCAGUAAAGUGUACCUCUAUGACCCCGUCACAGGGCUCUUCCAGCACUUCCAGGAGCUGAGCACCCAGGCCCCGCGCUCCUUCGCCCACCUCAGCAUCGACAACCAGGACUUCCUCAUCGCCUCCAGCUUCAAGGGCCAAACGCAUAUCUACCGGCAUGUCAUCAACGAUCAGAGUGCCUGAGCCUGGCGGUGGUGGGGUUGGGGGUGUCAAGGAGAAGAGGCAGCCACCAUGGGGAGAGGAAGGGCAGGAGAGGAGCCAGCCCCUGGAGGAAGUGCAGUGCCAGAGGCAACUACUAGGAAGGCAGGACGGGAAGCAAGACGCUGCUGAGAGUGCAAUUCUCCAGCGGCAGAGAAGGGUGGAGAGGACUGGGUAACAGCUAGCCAGUGGGUGGAAGGCAGGCAAACUGAACAGCCACAAUUCACUAGCACGUGAAAGUAAUGGCAACAGGAACAGUCCACAGAAUGCUUUAAACAACAAAACAACCGCUAGAACAAAGGAUGUUGGAGAUUGCAGGACCAAAAACCCACAAUGCUUUGCAGUGGGGCUAAACUGAGCAUCUUCACAGAUGGGGGUGUGCAGAUUUGGAGAGGCAAACCUUGCUUAAAAUCAAUCCGAAUUUUGUUCCCGGUCGUCCCCCCCCCCCCCCGCUUAAAGCAUGAAUGCUCUCCAUUUAAAUACCAUUCCUCCUCACACUAACGUGGAUGAAGGCUUGUGUUUUCCCUCCCCAAGUCAACUUUUAUUGUCUUUUUUAAAAAGGGUUCAGUGCAAACCGUUACCCUGUGCUUAUUUUCUCUGCUCGCUUGUUGUUUUUACUACAAAUUAUUUCCCCUCCUUUUCAAGUGCAUGGUUGUUGUUUUCUAAAUAAAAUUUGUGCAAUCCAGCAAAAGGUAAGGUGUAACCCUAUACCCACUGAUCUGGGAGCAUGACCCGUGGAACUCAAUGGGACCUACACCUGGGUCUAGGAUCGCGCUAUGUCAUUGAAAUCCGUGACAUUUAAUCGGCCGCUGCAAAGUCCCAUUCUAGGUUUCCAUUGAGACAAAACUGAAGAAUUCCAUGUAUGGUUCUAUGGAAGCAAGUGUCAAUGGCAUUCAAUGAGACACCUGCAAUUAUUGACCGCUGGGUUGCAUCAAAUGCGUUUUUAAUGGCCGUUUUCAGUCUUAUGUUUUUUUGAAUAUUUUUAGGCACGACACAGUGUCUGGUUCUUAAAGCACAACUAAAGCACAAGCUUAGCUUUCAAGCACAUGAGGUACCCCUGCUCCUUUUGAUGUGGGUCAGGGGGAGAAAACCAAGGGGGCACAGGGUGAGGAAAGGAGACUACAGAACUGAGAAAGGCUCCAGGGAGAUCUGCCAUGCAUCUUAAGUACAGCAUUUAUCCUUUUACCUGUAAAUAACCAGCAUGUUGUUCAAAUCCAUCAACCUUCUUCCAGUAGUGGGCAGCACUGGGCUGCAAGGAGUACAUGCUCUUACUGGAAUCAUGAGGAUAUUGAGCUGGCAUCACCUGGGCAGAGGCUGUUUCUCUGACAGAGGCAGACCGCCUUCUUCUUCUGUCUCCCAUUCAUGACGUGGGGGUCCCACAACAUGCGACCAAUGUAAAUAAUAAUAAAAAUAGUAUAUUGUUCGUGGGC